GGAUGAUAAUUUGGUACGUUAAUGAAUGAUGAUGGUGCCAAGAGUAAUUUAGUUUUGUUGUAAUUUUUAAUUUCUACCGACAUAUCAGGUAUUUGGCAUCAAAAUUUUACAUGAAGAAUGUACAGAUAUAUUUCUUUUAUAACACAACACUAAAUUUCAAUAAAAUGUUACCAUGAAUGAAGGCAGAACAUGUGCACGUUACUGAAAAAAGUUGAAAAUACAAAGAAAUUGUAGCAGAUGAAGUUGUGAGGAAAGAUUUUGACCUGAAAGUGUUUAAGACUGGACGCGUCUGGUGUGCUAACAGCGAUCUGUGUGGCUGUAUGUUUUUGGGUCUAUCACCCUGUGAACGGCCAAGAUCAUUUUGAGGCAGGGUCUCCUUGUAGUAGUCUGUGACUACCUCUGUAUAGCCUCACUGAACAAAAUACGGGAGGCCUAGCCCAAGUUUCCCCUGGCCCUGACACCAGACAUGGGCCAUGAAACUUGGGUGAAUGGGAGAAUGUCAUUCAGUGCAAUAAUAUUAGGGUAAAGUGUCUUGCCCAAGGACACAACCAAAACAGCACAGAACUGUUUGUUUCUCAGCUUUCCAAGAAACAGCGACGGAGCGUCAAACCAUACGCGUACCUAACCACACACCUUGGACCUGUAUGAUGGAAAUUAAAACAUACCUGUCCAAAUUGAUGAAAACAGUUACAGGCCUUUAUGCUAUUUUGGUAACAGACAGAGAUGGUGUUCCAGUUGUCAAGGUGUCCUCAGAGCAGGCUCCAGAAUUGGCUUUACGACAAGACUUCCUGUGUACCUUUAGUGCAGGAACAGAACAAGCCAACAAAAUAGGUUUUAAGAAGAAUAAUGCAGUUGUCUGCAUGUACCAAAACUAUCAGGUGGUACAAGUAAAUUGUCAUCCAUUGACUGUGACAUACAUUGCAGAGAGUGAUACAAAUACGGGUUUGCUGUUGAGUUUAAAAGAAGAUAUGAAAGACAUUUUAAAUGACAUUUCAUCUGUUGUCAUUACAUCAUAGAAGGAAAUGUUACAUUCACUUAACAGAUGUAGUAUUGACAUAAGUUAAUCUGAUAGGGAAGUAACCCUGUUUUGUCUGUCAUGAUGGAGAGGAAACCAGGAUUGAUGGUUUGAUACUGAAGUACAUUUAUAACCAUUUUGCUUUUGCAAAGAACACCUGAAAUAAAAGAAGUGCUUGUACUGAAAUUAUGUUGCUGAUCUGAUAAUAAGUUAAAGUUUGCAGAGAGAUAAAAACAAACCUGAGGUUUCAUUUUUCUCUCUCAAAACCAUAGUUUUUUUAGACACUGGGAAGUUUGUGUUAUUAAUUUCUUAUUCUAAGUGUCAGUAAUUGAUGCUUAGAAUCCAUUAGUAUUUAAAGUUUAUUGCAGAUUCUUCUUGUUAAAUUUGUUAAAUUGUCAACAAAGAAAACAACUCAUGGUAGGUUUCCAUAUGUAAAUGGCUAGAUAUCAUCUAUGCAUGUGUAAUUGUGUAUACAGUGAAUGAUGAAGGGUGUGUGUGUGAGAGAUGGGAUUUUACAAGUCUGAAAUCCUUGCUAUUAUACUUAUGUUGAAUUAUGUAAUGAUAUCAUACUUAUAGCAUAACUGUUUCCAUUCCCUUCAAAGGUUGUUUUAUAUGAAACUGUUGCUAUAAUCAAGUGUGAGUGGAGUUGAAUAGCAAACAUUAUUUGAUGCCCCAAACAACAUUAUGGUUUUUGUUGUCAAAAAAAUAAAUAUUUAUACUGUAUAUAAAUAGGGGGAAAACUUAGUGAAGUUAUGAUAAACUACAUAGAAUGUAAUUCAUUUUCUUUCAAAACUUUGUAAAUUGUUUCAAAAUAUGUUCUGGCAAAGUAUUUAUCAUCUUUCCAGAAUUAUGCUAAUGAAACUAAAUGUAUUAGUGUAUAGGAUCAAUCUGUCCAAAAGUCACAUACAGUAACAUAGGUACAGCAGCUGUGAACAUGGUAUGAAAGGACAAUUUAAAUGUAGCCGAUGAAGUGCAAAGGGUUUAAUAUGUGAUAGAGAAAGUCACACAGUUGUAUUUAUGCUAUAUUACUGGUACAGAAAUACAAAAUAUGAAUAACUGGUGCAAAAAUGUGGCAUCUGGUGCAAAAAAUUAAAAUAUAUUGGAUGCUUUAAGGAUACACCUUGUACAAGAUAAAGUGUAGAUUGCAGUAUUUAUGUAAUGGGGAAAGUCCAAUGUUUUAAAAUAUUGAUGAAGCCACAGAAUAAAUUUUUUUAAAAUCUG